AUGAUCAGCAGGAACAGGAUCAAUAACUUACUGAGGAAUGACAUUGAGGCAUCGACAUUCGAUCAUAGCAUGAACAUAGGAAGAUAUUUGACAGCCAUUAGAAACCUUAAAAAGAAGUAUCUUGGCAAUGAGAUCACACUGCUAGAUAUUUAUCAAUACUACAGGAUACCACUAUCUAUGUAUACAUCCCGUAAAAUGAGAAAUGUGUUUGUGAUAGCUUCUCUUUGCCUGACAGUGUACAUUACAUCAAAUAUGGAUACACUAAGGAACAAUAGCAUUCCGAGACUUGGAUUGAACUUUUCCUCCGCAACCUUGAUUAUUGGAGGUGUUUUUGUGGGAAAGGAGAUUAUUUCGUAUGUGCUCAAUUUGAAAAAAACAAUGUCUAUGUUCUACAUAUACAGAUACAUAUUAAAAAGUGACACAGAAAGCACCAAGUUUAGGGACAUUGUUGACCAAAUAAUUAAACUCGAAAAAGAAACACAUGGAAGAGACUUGCGCGAAAGAGACAUCAGGUUCAUCAUCAAUUACGAAAAGUUCCUGCUGCUGAUGAUGAUGAGAAGGUUUCCAUCAAUAUUCCAUCCAAUGUGCUCCAGGUUUAUGCUUUACAUUAUGCAUCUUUACAUCAACAAAGUAGGUGUGCAUGAAGUCGAUGAGCUGCACGAUGAAAUCAGAGUGGUGGCUUUCAUCAUGCUUGUGCUUUCUCCUGUCAUCUCAAUAUUCUUCAUGCUGUACUAUGUUGCAAAAAUAAUCGAAAACUCUCAGAACUGCAUUUUCUAUUCAUUCCGACGGGAGCACAGAACAUCAUUCAAGUAUUUCAUAACAAAAGGUAAUGAAUAUCCUCAUGAAACCCGUAUGAGAAUCCAAAGAGGUGCAAAGUACCUCGAAGAGUUUUUCCAAGUCAAGAGAGGCAACUAUCUUGUGGGUAUAUGCUCAGCAAUCUCGUUCUUCUUGAGCUGCUUGAUUUUCCUUACUACAUGCUUGAUGAUUAAGACCGUACUGACAAGUAACUCUACGCUUAACAGUGUCUUCCGUGAAAACAUAAGGAUAUUUGGUAGGAAAACAAGCAUAGUCCAUCUGUCAUACUUUAUAGGAGGCAUUUCAUUUUGUCUGAAAUGUUUGAAUUUUAGGUAUGCAACAGCUAAUCGUCGUAAGGCAUUUGUAAAAUGGUGCGAAAUUAUGGAUCAGAAAGAGCUUCUUAAAUACUCCAGAAACAGGAGGUAUCUCGAGCGUGUUAUAACAAGGUUCUUUGUGCCCAGAAUUUACCUUUUUGUAUUGGAAAUCAUCUCUCCGUUUGUUGUUCCAUUCCAGCUCUUAAGGUUUAGAAACGAACUCAGAAACAUUGAGCUAAUGUUCCAGUCUGCUGGCAAUUAUAGAGAAUACAAUAGAUUUUUCAGAAACAAACGCGCAUCUGUCCUUGACUUAUAG